AUGGCAACCUACCUCUUGGCCAUCCUUGUAAGCCAUGGCUCCCCCAACUCCAAGGACCUGGAAAAGAUUCUGGACAGCAUGGGCAUUGAGACCAAUGAGGAGCACCUGAAGAAGGUCAUCAGUGAGGUGAGCAUCAAGAACAUAGAAGAUGGGAUCUUGCAGCGGAGCAGUAAGCUGACUUCCAUGCCCUCCGGUGGUGCUAUUACUGUUCCUGCCAGUGUUGGCUCUGCUGCCCCAGUGGCUGCUGGUUCUGCUCCUGCUGCUGUAGAGGAGAAGAAAGAAGAAUAA